AUGGAAAAGACUGCCUUUUGCACUUCUAUUUGGCAAUGGAUAGAGGAACCUCAUCCCCACCAACUACGUCCUCUUCCAACGAUCGCCACCGAUAUCCCCUCUUGUUACACCCGAACCAGUCAUGUUUGUCAGCCCCAGCAAUCAAGAAGUAAUCAAACUUUACUUUCACAAGUGUUUUUACUCGCAGCUCUAAAAGAUACGCAUCUCAAACCCAGCAUCUGUGUGCAUUCGCUUUUGAUUGUAAAACCAAGUAUUCGAUCGCCACUUGCUUGCAUUCCACCACCACCGUUAGGGCGUAAAAGAGGCCCCAUUUCCGAACCAACAUUCUGUGAGCGCCCGUAUAGUUUCCUCGUUUUCCUCGACUACAUCUCAGAAGCCAGGUUUCCAUAG